UCCCCGCACAGAAGAAGAAGAACAAGAAGAAGCAGAGCAAACAAAGAGACUUCUGCAGAUUUUCGGGAAAAAUGAAAAAUGUGUGAAAUGCAAACAGAGGUGUGGUGAGGACUGCCUCUUCUUCUUCUGUGUUUGCAGCAGCAGCUUCAUCAUGUCGGAGGAAGCUGCAGGAGCAGAGCGAGGCCCGGAGGAGGAAGAGGAGGAAGGAGGAAGAGGAGGAGGAGAUGAUGGUGAAGAGGGAGGAGGAGGAGGAGGAGGAAGAAAAUGUGCGAUGAAGAACCCCAAAGGUCCUACAUACUGCAUCUGCCAGAAAGCAGACAUCAACUGUUUCAUGAUAGGGUGUGACUGCUGCUCUGAGUGGUUUCAUGGGAAUUGUGUUGGAGUCUCAGAAAAAGCAGCAAAAUCCAUCAGAGUGUGGUACUGCCCGUCCUGCAGAGACAAAGACUCGUCUCUGGAGAUCAAAUACCGUCCGAAGAAAACCAAAGAGAAGGAGAGUGAGGAGAAGCCUGAGGGAGACGGGAGCUCCACCCCUCAGCCCAAGAUUGACAGGAGGCGGGGCUCACAGAUCAAGCGUUCAGCGCGGAUGUGUGGGGAGUGUGAGGCCUGUCUGCGCACGGAGGACUGCGCUCAGUGUGACUUCUGCAAAGACAUGAAGAAGUUCGGAGGUCCGAAUAAAAUCCGACAGAAGUGUCGCCUCCGGCAGUGUGAGGUCCGAGCCCGGAAGAUGCUUCGAGUCAAAGACGAGGAGAUGAAACGGAGCAGCAGGGGGCGGUGCCUAACGAGGAAAGGGGCGGGGCAUUAUACAGAGGAGGAGGAGGAUGAUGAUGAUGAGGAGGAGGAUGACGAUGAUGAUGACGUGGCCUUCAGUGAGAGCGAGCUGGAGCUGUACGAACAGUACAAAGCUGCCGGAUACAGAGACCUGAUGUGGCACAGCGAGGAUGAGGAGGAGGAGCAGUUGGAGUCUCUGAGGAAGAAGGCGGUGAAGGUGAAACACGUGAAGAGACAGGAGAAGAAGCCGGAGAAGAAGGUGGAGAAGAAGCCGGAGAAGAAGGUGGAGAAAAAGGUGGAGAAGAAGGUGGAGAAGAAGGUGGAGAAGAAGAAAACUGUCUCCGCUCCCAAAGAGGAGGUGAAGCCUCGCCGUCACAAAGCGAAGCAGCGCCACAAGGAGCGAGUGCGUCACAGCGAGCGAGGAGGAGAGGGCGGGGCUAAGGAAGUGGGCGGGGCCUUGCGUCAGUGUCUGGGACCAGGAUGUGUCCAAGCAGCGAGGGCCAACUCCAAAUACUGCACCGACGACUGCGGCAUGAAGCUGGCCGCGAAUCGUCUGUAUGAGAUCCUGCCUCAGAGGAUCCAGCAGUGGCAGCAGAGUCCCUGCAUCGCCGAGGAGAUGGGCCGGAGGCAGCUGGAGCGAAUCAGGAAGGAGCAGCAGGCGUCGAGGCUCCGGCUGACAACCAUGGAGAAACGUUUCCACGAACUGGAAGGCAUCAUCGCCAACGCCAAGCAGCAGCAGGUCCUACAGCACGAGGAGGCGACUGAAGGUGACGGCGAUGACACAGACCUUCAGAUCUUCUGUGUUUCCUGCAGUCAGCCCGUCAACCCCAAGGUGGCGCUGAGACACAUGGAGAGAUGCUACGCUAAGUACGAGAGUCAGACAUCUUUUGGAUCCAUGUACCCAACACGAAUAGAGGGGGCGACCCGGUUGUUCUGUGAUGUUUAUAACCCUCAGAGUAAGACGUACUGCAAGCGGCUGCAGGUUCUGUGUCCUGAACACUCCAGAGACCCGAAGAUCCCAGCAGACGAGGUGUGCGGCUGUCCUCUGGUGAAAGACGUGUUCGAGCCGACGGGAGAGUUUUGUCGAGUGUCCAAGAGGAAGUGUAACAAACAUUACUGCUGGGAGAAACUGCGCCGCGCAGAGGUCGACCUUGAGAGAGUCCGAGUGUGGUAUAAGCUGGACGAGCUGUUUGAGCAGGAGAGGAAUCUGAGGACGGCGAUGACGAAUCGAGCCGGUUUAAUGGCUCUGAUGCUGCACCAGACCAUCCAACACGACCCCAUCGCCACAGACCUGCGUUCUGCCAAGGACAGGUAGACAGGUAGACAGACCGGUAGACAGACAGGUAUACAGACAGGUAGACAGAGAGACAGACAGUUAUGAGGACAUAGCUCCCUGGAAAGAUUUCAACUAUUUCUAUCGUGUUUGUAUAUUUCAUCCUGACCUUAUCUCAUUACAAGAAAAUCAUAGGAAUUAUUCAUUUGUAUUUGUAUUUAUUAGUUUAUUCCAAAACACGUUCACUUUAAGCAUUUUUUUUGUAGCCCAUGAUGGAAAGGAGCAGGGAGGAGAAAGUCUUUAUUAUUAUGACAUAAGGAUUUCUUGUAAUUACGAGACAGGGAUUUGAAAUGACAGGAUUUCCUCAUAAUAAGAAAAGACUCUCAUAAUUGUGUGAUUAAAUCUUAAAUUAGGAUUGAAGCAUCACAUGGAUAUUGUCUUUAACACCUUUGUUGAUGUACUCACAGUGUUACAUGAUACCAGUAUUACCUCCUGUACUCCUCUGUUUCUAUACAGUUUUAAUCAUGUUUUAUACUGUUUUAUUCCCUAAAGAACUACACUACCCACAAUGCACUACAGUUCAGUUUUAUGAAAACCAACGUCAACAAUAACAACACAACAUGCAGCUAAAAGUUUGAUAUGUUGUUCUUCUUUUGUCUUAUUUUAUAUUAAAGUGUCAUGUUACAGUUGUUUUUAUAUUUUGUAUUUUUCUCAUCAUGUUGUUUUAUACUGUUUGUUCAUGUUGUUGUAUUCAAACUGAUGUUUCAUUAAAAACUGAUGUUAUGA